AUGUGUGACGCGACUGCCUUCCGCCACCCAGUCAACAUCCCCACACGUCGUUUGCUCCACGUUGAGUCUGCACUUCGACCACGCCAUGCCCUCACCGCGGCUAAAUCCACCCCCGCGAAGCCCGUCGGCCGGUUGUACGGUGGCACGCCGCAGUCAACAGAACGUCUGCACAAGCCCUUCAAGUGUCCCGGCGCUGCACAGUCGACAAGAGUAUCGGAGAAGCCUGCCAGAAAGAGGCGGAAGGUUGACUACACUGGAGCCGAUGGCGAGAACGGCGACGACAAGCCAUACUCCAAUGACGAUCGACUAGCGCUCGCCACGCGCGAUGUCAACCGGUUCCCGGUAUUCAAGGCAAAGGAUAAAGGCACAGCGUUCAAGGCAAGGUUCACGGUACCUUUGCUGAACAAGGAUACAACGUCAUACCAUGCCAAUCGCCCAGCGCCAUUGCUGGGUAUGCGGCAAGGUGCUGUGUUUGUGGCGCGACCGCUGCACGACCCGAGUGGAGAGUUUGCGAUUGUCUUGUACGAUCCUACAGUCGACGAUAAGCCUGCACCGAAGGAAGACAUAGUGCCAAAAAUGAGCCAGGAAGAGAAGAAAGAGAUGGACACGCCAGUCGUACACAAGAGUCUCGCUGAAAUUCUCGGGUUGAAGAAGAAGGUCGACGAGGACCGACCACGUGUGCCAGUUGUCAUCGACCCAAGACUGACUAAGGUCUUACGUCCGCACCAAGUCGAAGGUGUACGGUUCCUGUAUCGAGCCACGACUGGCAUGAUCGACCCGAAAGCGAACGGAUGCAUCAUGGCAGACGAAAUGGGUCUCGGCAAAACGCUGCAAUGUAUCGCUCUCAUGUGGACGCUAAUCAAGCAGUCCCCUGACGCCGGCAAGUCGACGAUCCAGAAGUGUGUCAUCGCUUGUCCCUCCAGUCUUGUGAGGAAUUGGGCGAACGAACUUGUCAAAUGGCUCGGGCCGGAUGCUAUCCACCCUUUCGCGAUCGACGGCAAGGCAACAAAAGAAGUGCUGAUUCAGCAGAUACGGCAGUGGUCCAUUGCGUCUGGGCGCUCUGUUGUUCGACCUGUCCUCAUCGUUUCCUACGAGACACUUCGCCUGUACGUCGAGGAGUUUGGUCAGACACAGAUCGGUCUGUUGCUCUGCGAUGAAGGACACCGAUUGAAAAAUGGAGAAAGCCAGACCUUCACAGCGCUGAAUGGACUGAACGUGCAGCGACGUGUUAUCCUUUCCGGCACACCCAUUCAGAACGACCUGUCCGAGUACUUCGCUCUUUUGAACUUCGCAAACCCGAACUACCUGGGCACACGUGCAGACUUUCGCAAGCAGUUUGAGAUCCCCAUUCUGAGAGGCCGUGACGCGGAUGGCACAGAGGAAGAGAGAAAGAAGGGUGAUGAGCGUUUGAAAGAGCUUCUGACCCUUGUCAACAAGUUCAUCAUCCGACGUACCAACGACAUUCUCUCGAAAUAUCUUCCCGUCAAGUACGAACACGUGGUGUUCUGCAACCUCGCGCCUUUCCAGAAGGAUCUCUAUAACCACUUCUUGCAGUCGCCUGAGAUCAAGGCUCUGCUCAAGGGCAAGGGCUCGCAGCCUCUCAAGGCUAUUGGUAUGCUGAAGAAGCUGUGCAAUCACCCUGACCUGCUCGACCUUCCUUCAGACAUACCAGGCUGCGAAGACAAGCUGCCCGAAGACUUUGUGCACAAGGACGCUCGCGGAAGAGAUCGAGAAGUCAAGGUCUGGUACUCCGGCAAGAUGCUUGUGCUCGACCGCAUGCUCGCGCGCAUCCGCGCCGAGACCAACGACAAAAUCGUCCUCAUUUCCAACUACACCCAGACGCUCGAUAUCUUCGGCGCUCUCUGCCGGUCGCGCGGGUAUGGCUGUCUGCGCCUCGACGGCACCAUGAACGUCAGCAAGCGCCAGAAGCUCGUGGACAAGUUCAACGACCCCGAAGGCCCGGAGUUUGUGUUUCUGCUCUCUUCCAAGGCCGGAGGCUGCGGUCUCAACCUCAUCGGUGCAAAUCGCCUGGUCCUGUUCGACCCGGACUGGAAUCCAGCCGCGGACCAGCAGGCGCUUGCGCGAGUGUGGCGCGACGGGCAGAAGAAGGACUGCUUCGUGUACCGGUUCAUGACGACGGGGACGAUCGAGGAGAAGAUAUUCCAGCGGCAGUCGCACAAGCAGUCGCUCUCGAGCUGCGUCGUUGACAGCGCUGAGGACGUCGAGCGCCACUUCAGCCUCGACAGCCUGCGCGAGCUGUUCAUGUACAGAGACAACACCACCAGCGACACGCACGACACGUUCAAGUGCAAGCGCUGCCGCAAGGAGGACGGGCGCCAGCUCGCCAAGGCCCCGGCCAUGUUGUACGGCGACACGAGCACGUGGAAUCACUUUGUUAACGAUGGCGAGAAAGGGCCGCUGGGCGGUAUCCAGGAUCUGCUGCUCCGGCAGGAGACGGCGCAGGGGUGUAAUGAGGUAAGUGCUGUGUUCCAGUACAUCAGUCAUUGA